UCUCCCACACAGUGGGUCGUGUCGUGGAUUCUUUGCUCUGUUCGACAUUCUCUCUCUCUCUCUCUCUCUCUCUCUCUCUCUUUCGUGCAUCAGCCUUGGCUUCUCUGCAAGAUACUCGUGGGUCUUCUUGUUUUCGGUCGUCCCCGAAGCUAGGAAAUGGCGGGCGGUGUGAGCAGGAAGAUUUCGGCCGCAUCAGCGAGGUCUCACACCAGGAGAGCUAAGCAGAGCUCUCCUGUUGUCCUGCCUUCAGGGAUUUUCACCAAAUUGUUGGUGGUUUUUCUUGUUGGAAUUCUUGCAUUGGCGUAUCAAGCAAUCCAACCUGCUACACCGAGGAUACCGGGAACUCCAGAUGGUUCCCCUGUUACAGCACCGAGGAUAAAGCUUAGAGAUGGAAGACAUUUAGCAUACAAAGAACACGGCAAGCCAAAGGACAUAGCAAAAUAUAAAAUUGUAUUCGUCCAUGGAUUUGAUUCUUGUCGGCAUGAUGCUGUUGUGGCCAGCACUUUAUCUCAGGAAACUAUCGAUGACUUGGGUAUAUACAUUGUGUCCUUUGAUCGACCUGGUUAUGGCGAGAGUGAUCCUGACCCAAAACGAACACCAAAGAGCAUCGCAUUAGACAUAGAAGAGCUUGCUGAUAAAUUGGGUCUAGGGUCAAGAUUUUAUGUGAUCGGACUUUCCCUGGGAGGGCAGGUGGUGUGGGGCUGCCUCAAGUACAUCCCUCACAGACUAGCAGGAGCAGUCCUUCUGGCUCCGAGCGUCAACUACUGGUGGCCUGGUUUUCCAGCAAGCCUGUCGACUGAGGCAUACUACCAAAAGUUUCGGCAAUACCAAUGGACUCUCCGGGUCGCUCAUUACACUCCCUGGCUUACCUAUUGGUGGAACACUCAAAAAUGGUUUCCUGCUUCUAGUGUUGUGGCUCGCCAUCCUGAUAAUUUUUCUCCUCCCGACAAGGCACUCAUUUCAAAGCUUCCCCCGAGACCAUAUGCGGCACAGGUAAGACAGCAAGGAGAAUACGAGUCUCUCCACCGAGACAUGAUGGUCGGGUUCGGUACCUGGGAGUUCGACCCAAUGGAUUUGGAAAACCCAUUUCCCAAUGGCGAAGGUUCCGUACAUUUAUGGCAGGGCGACGAUGAUUUGCUUGUGCCUGUGACACUGCAGCGUUUCAUUGCCCACCGGCUUCCCUGGAUUAAGUAUCACGAGCUUCCGCAGUCUGGCCACUUGUUUUCCUUUGCCGAUGGAAUGUGCGAUGCUAUAGUCAAGACACUUAUAGUUGGGGAAACCGCCAUAUCCCAAUAACUCUAGGUAGAGAAUUUGGAUUCCUAAUGUCAUAUUGAUGCAUCUAUCAUGUCAAGCGGUGUGUAGACCCUUUGUCUGGAUAGUGGACAUGCUGUUCUUCUGGUUUUAUGUAUUUUUUCCCCCAAUCUGCAUAGUAUGUGGAGACAGAGGCCUUGUUAGUGGUUCUACUUCUUGGUCAGCUAGUUAAACAACUCCUUUGAAGACUUGAAA